AUGAACGAUUCUCCUUCUCUAUUCGGUUGGGUCGUUGGUGGGGUGUUUUUGUCGGUAUAUUAUUUCGGUUUGCAGGCCUUCAAUAACCUGGAGAACAUGAUAUUCGGAAAGGGCUUCCAGGCCAAGGUGUUCCCAGAGGGAGGGGAGGGUCUGCUUGGGGGGGUGUUACCAGAAGGGGUGGGUCUCCAGGAGGGGAUUUCACCAAUCCAUCGAGUCUGCGUCACCACAUGCUUCAUCUUCUCGCUGGUGGACCUCUACUACGUGAACAAGAUUUCCUCCGGCAUGUACCAAUCGAUGACCCCGAGGAACGGUGCGCGGCCCACAUUUUUAAGUCAAUGGACCGCCCACGUUACAGGUCAUUACCACUGA